UAAAUUUUCCAUAACAAUCAUUCGUAGUGUGCUGAUUUAUAGAGAUUUUCCGUCAUUUACGAUAUUUUGCAGCAUAAUGAAGAUGCCGACAUUAUUGGAACAGGCAAAAGAUGUGGAUUUUAUCGUUAAAACAGCCAUUGAGCGAGAUCCCAACAAAAGACGGGUCAAACCUGUUGAACAAGCAUGUGUUUUGGACUUCGAUGAAGAAAGUAGUGAUGACUCCGAUUUUCGAAUUGAAGAUCAUCCCGAAAUUUCGGACGACGAUGCCGAUUCAAUGGAUAGUGGUGGAGGAGAUAAUGACAACGAAAGCAGUGAGGAUGAAACUGAUGACUCCGAAUUGGAUAAAUUGGACGAGUUAAGGAACCUGAACUCACCCAACGCCAAUGGCUUCUCUUCGGUUGGAAAUAUUAUCGAGGAAGCACGACUGCAUUCCAAACUUAAUUUCAAUGAAAAAGACGCACAACUUCUCAUAUGUUGCGGAUGUUUGGGUGAUCACAGCGAUGGCGUCAACGAAAUUGUUGAAUGUGAUAGCUGUGGAGUUACAGUCCAUGAGGCCUGUUAUGGAAUAUCGGACUCAAAUAGCUUAGCCAGUACCAAUUCACUGUCUCCGACGGCUCCUUGGUUCUGCGAAACGUGCAGAGCCGGAGUUAUGGAACCAGUUUGUGAACUUUGCCCUAAUUCAGGGGGAAUUUUUAAGGAAACCGACGUCGGCAAAUGGGUUCAUCUUAUUUGCGCUUUGUAUGCUCCAGGUGUUGCAUUUGGAGAAGUGGAUAAACUUACAAGCGUUACACUGUUUGAAAUGCCAUAUAGUAAAUGGGGCGCGAAAACUUGCAGUCUAUGUACUGAUGAUCGAUUUGCCCGAACAGGCGUCUGUAUCGGAUGCGACGCUGGAAUGUGUAGAACCUAUUUUCAUGUAACUUGUGCACAAAGAGAAGGGUUCCUAUCCGAAGCCCAUUGCGAAGAAGUAGAUCAAGCCGAUCCUUUUUAUGCGCAUUGUAAACUGCACUCGGAUAAAACUCUUGUGAAAAAAAGGAAACGGAACUACUUGGCUUUACAGUUGCGAAUGCAAUAUCGCAAAAUUCAGUUCGAGAAAGAGGGCCAUAUGGAUUUGCCCGAGCAAAUACGUAUACAAAGAAAGUUAGAGAAGCAAAAACGGCAUUAUUUGGAGUAUAAAAGAAGAAAACUUGCUCCUUGGGUUCCGACUCAGAAAAUGCCACGCCUUAUCACAACCAGCGCUUCAGCGUGUCGUAAACUGUUGAGGAAAGCGGAACUUAUGGGCAUUGAUACAUCAGCCCUCGAAAUGCACGAUGCUCAGAUAACAGCUUUGGCUGAUAUCAGGAAGAAGUGGCACAUACCGCCCGCUUUUACUGUUGAGUUUAUUGCGUAUUACAUAGAUAGGAACGAGCGAUUAAAGGAGAUGAAAUCUACUCUUGAGACCUUAAUGGCGGAUAAUAAAGCACUAUUAGCGCAGCAGCCGGAAUUAAGGGCAGAAUAUGACAAGCUGCUUAACAAAAGUGAAGAAAUGAACGUCCAGAACACGGAUCUUAAGGCAGCCAUCCAGAAAUAUCAUUCUGCCAUUCUAAGUGCCUGCCCAACGAAAAGUAUGCCCAAUAUUGACGAUAUUGGAAAACCACCAGUUCAGCGAACUGUACAACCACCCAUGAUGGUUCCCACAGCGGCGGCACUUAAAAUGGGGGUUGGUUUCCCGCUGAAGAAUAUUCCAAAUUGCCGCGGCGAUCGGAUUCUAAGUAGCCAUGCAAAGCCAACCGAACCGCUGCAGCUAAACGAAUGCGGUAUAUGUAGGCAAAGGAGAGAUCAGCAUCUUCUAGCAAAGUGCGACACCUGCCAUUUAUAUUAUCACAUGAAUUGUUUGAAUCCGCCACUAUCUAGACUGCCUAAAAAAUCAAAGUUGUAUGGCUGGCAAUGUUCGGAGUGCGAUAAAAGUUCCGAAUCGGAAGUUGAAGAAGUGAAGACGCCAAGAAGAAGUCGCAGCGUCUACAGUCGGGAUCGCACGGAAUUAGAAAUCUCCCCUGUAGCGCCAAAGCUUAAAAUUAAAGCUGUGACCGCAGAAGAAGACGUUUCGUUUGAAAGUAGCCUACAAAAAGCGAAAAAGGAGCGACGACAUUCUUCCGUCAGCGAUAAGACGAAACAAUAUGAAGACAUUCAAAUAGGUGGGGAAGAAAAUGCUAUGCCCGACAAUAGCGAAGAAGCUCUAACCACUAACGAUCUCUUAGUUGAGUUGACCAGCAAUAACGACAUGGACAUUGUGGAUACUGACCAUCCAGAAAAUUACGAGGGCCACAAAUCUUCAAAAAAGCGUCGCAGAGAGAAACAUAGAAACAGAUACAGUCCAGAAUUGGGAACUUCUAGUAAAGAGCACAAAAGAAAGCGCAAGAAGAAGAGCUUGGAGAUUGAAGAAACUCUGCCCCAUCCGCGAAUUACCAUCAAGAUUAAAUCCAUACCACUACCAGCUGGAGAAGUGGCGUCGGAAUCAAACCCACAGUGCUUUUACGUUAGAAAUGAAGUUGAUGACAACCCGCCGCCGCCAAUUCUCCUUAAGCUCAAUGAUCAUCCUUCGACAUGUCGAAGAAUUUCCACUGAUUUAAAGGCUUCAAAGCGAAAUCGAAGUCCAAGAGCUUCUUUUUCUGAUAAUUCUGCCAAGGAUCCGCUGGCUAUAACUCUAAAAGACCCUCUGGAAAUUGCCCCACUAACAGUCAGAUCAAAUAGAAGCAGUGUUGGUCGGAAUUCUACACUUCCUACGCAAGUUAAUCCUGUUGGAAUAUGCAAUAGUAACUGCGAUGUUUGUCAGCAAGAAGGUACUGCAGCUAACAGUGUAAAAUGUGAUGAGUGUCAGAAACUUUAUCAUUUUUCAUGUUUGGAACCGCCCUUGAAAUCUUCUCCAAAAAAACGAGGAUAUUCUUGGCAUUGUGCUGAUUGCGAUCCAACUUCUUCUGAGUGAACAGUUUACAAACAACAACAAAUGUAUGUUUUCAGUGGUUUGAUGUUUUCCUUUUGGGAGCAAUAACUGUACAUAUAUUUUGAAGCUGCUCUUUUUGGGACAUUCUUUAUGUAAUUAGAUUAUUUAUCUCAAUAAAAAAGAAGGCAAAAGUA